UUCUUUUCGACUGAUCCGCUCGGAGUCGAGCAAGAUGUUCUUUACGCCACAGCCAAAUACCAAGUUGGAGCAGAAAAUCGAGACAUAUUUUUUUUCCGUGAAGGAUCAGUAGUUCUGUGGAACUUUAACGAAAUUGAAACAAACAAUAUUUUGUCCUUCUUGCGGCAAUAUGAAAAGGAUGCAUAUUUACGUCCUUUGGUUCGUGGCGAAGCUGAAGUUAUGCCCUAUACAUAUGUUCCUACCCCUUCAUCAAACGAAAAGCGUGAACUAGCAAAUAAAGAAGAACUUGGAAAUGCAAUUUUUCAAGACGGAAAAUUUUUCUUAACUGGCACAAAAGAUAACUUUUUGCAAAAAUACACAUUUUCUAAUGCAAUGGCUACCUCCACUAAAUUAGGCAUGUGGGAAACAAAACUUGGUCGUAUAAUUGAUUCAAUGGAGUUCUUAACAGAAGAUUUAAAAAAAGGUAGACGUAUAAGAAUUUCAAGAGAUGCUGUGUUGCGAAAAACUGGAGAACUGUUUGCUUUAAGACAUUUUAUAAAUUUAUCAUCUGAUUUACUUGAUACACCAGACUUCUACUGGGAUCGAGAAGAGCUAGAAAACUUAUACCUCCAAGUUUGCUCGUACUUUAGUAUAUCCCGUAGAACUAAAGUAAUGAACGAGAAAUUGAACCACUGUGUAGAACUGGCUGAAUUGAUUUCACACAAUCUGAACGACGCACAUCAUAUACGUUUGGAAUGGAUGAUAAUAAUUUUAAUUAUGGUGGAAGUAGGAUUUGAAAUUGUACAUUACAUGGAUCGUAUUUAUAGUAAAGAAGCUCUAAGUAUUGAACCAACAAAUACCUCUCCAGCGUACUUAGUUUCUUAAAGUAAUAUAUUAGAAGUAUAUUUGUUACAUUUUGAUUGUCCAAAACAUUUUUUAAUCAAGUGGGUUUCUGUAA